UCGGAGAAUGAUGAAUGCACCCCUAUUCUAGGUAAUAAACAAUGAACUCUUUAUUGGACUCGAUCCUUUUAUUUUCAUGGCGUCAUCGACGUUCAUCCCCCAUAUUGCAACUUCGAAAUGAACUAAAUAGCUAAAGAUCCUACAAAACGAAGAGGAACAUAGAUUUGAAGUUGUUUUGGGGUCUUCUGCUGCUGAAGAUUUCAAUGGUUGAAGCGAGAUUUUAGACAGAGGGGGGGUUUGUUGGAGGUCAAGAAGAAAAUAUUGCAAGCUAAACUUGAAGGCAGAACAAUAUUUGAAGGUAAAAGCUUUAUGCAAAAUAUGGUGGAUGCUACCAAUGGAUUUGACGAUUCGGAUGAGCCCUCUCUCAAGGUUGAAGUAACGGAUGAUACCGAACUGAUCUAAAUCUUUAUAUUUUUCGACUGUGUUUUGUAUUAAUAAUUCAGGGUUGUUGGCAAGGUUCUUCUCGAACUCAAUUGUUGCCAUCAAGUAAAUCUAUUUUCCUUUAAUUUUUGGCUUAUGAUAUAACCUGUGUUCAUCAUUACUAAUGCAGGGUGUUCGCUAUAUAAUGCAGGGAGGAGUCUGAGGGCAUCAUGGGGAAAAUAAAGUGUGGAACUAUUCAUUCGAGCUUCUCUACGAUCUCUUAGUGGUGGUUUUGUCGGAUUGUGGUUAUGAUGUUUUGUCAAAAUUGCAUUUCAUUCUUCUAUGCUUUCUCUCUCUGCAUAGGGUUCAUGUGUUAGAUACCUUGGAUGCAAGUUUAGGAUAUGAAAACUGAAAUGUGUAGGAUAAAUACAUAACUCUGAUAACAUGGAGGAAUUCCUCCAAGCAUGGCGAAUAUAGGUGCAUUGUUAAGUGAAACUAUAAGUCUGACUAGAUUUUCUUACUUAACAUGCAUUGGUUGGCUAUCAGUCCAUAGAUCAUACAAUGUAGGAUUUUAGCAUACUUAUAUAUGCAAGUCAAAAGCCAUAGCGAAAGAGAGCAAUCAUUUCCUAUCUCAAUAACUCUUAUGUUCCUUUCUAGGUAUUAUGUGAUGUCUGUGAAUGGAUGUUCUAUGAGACUUUGAUCUUAGUUUGUAAUCCGAGGAUACUUUUAUUCCUACCACUUUGAAUAACUUCUAAGUUCUAACUCAGUCAGCCACUUCAUAUUAAAAUUUGUUUGGCACAUUGUGACCGUAUUCUAUAAUAGCUUAUUCUUUUGUAUCUAAGUAAGAAUUGUACAUGUUUUAUGGUAGGAGGGACAUGGUGGUGACGAUCCUAAACAUAGCACUGCCUAUAUGAUAGCUUUUGUGAGUUUUCAGUUUUCACAAACACGUCUAUGAAAAAGUUUCUACUCUCCAAUGUAGUCAUCACUUACAGAGUCUUGCUUUCUGUUUCACUGUAGGUGCAAAUUUGCUUCAUCAGAUGGUUGGUAUUGCAAUGCCAAGGCUUUUGACACUAUUUGGAACUGCCUUCUUUCACGACUUGGGUGAUAUUUUGUACUUAAUUUUGAAUAGGCAAAAUACACUUGUAUAGCCAAAACUUUCGCGCUUGUGCGAAUAAUAGCCAAAUUUGGAGAAAUACCACUUAUAGCCAGCUUUAAACUUAUUGUAGGACAAAUAUAGUCAUUUCCGUCAGAUACUUUAACGGUGUUAUUAACACUGUCUACUUAUUUGACGGAUCGCUGACUAGGCGCCAACUCAGCGAACAUGUCAGCACCAAAUAAGCAAACAAUGACACAUCAUAUUUUUUAAUAAUUUAAUAAUUACAUAUAUAAAUUAAAUAAAACUAUUUAACUUCUCCAUGUGAAAAAGGUUACCUUCUUAGUUCUUACUUCUUACUAUAAUCAGUUAUAUAAAAAAACAAAAAACCAAAAAAAUGUUGUCUCUCUUCCACCAUUAAAAAAUCCUCCCUCUUCUCAGAGAAUCGAAGAAAAAAGAACUCUGCGCAGCCACCAUGUUCACCGGCGUCAACCCAAUCAACCGAUUUUACUUCCACUCCUUGUACACCCUCCUAUUUCUCGCUCUGUCUUGCUCCGCGGCAAACCAAAUCACCAGAGGCCAGUCGCUGAGAGACGGCGACACUCUAAUCUCCGGCGGCUACAAGUUUGAAUUUGGUUUUUUUGGCCCGGAGAUUUCCACCUUCCGGUACCUGGGAAUCUGGUACCACGACGCCGAGGAUGCGGAUUUGUUAAUCUGGGUCACGAACCGGGAUGCAGAUCUGGUCCAGCAACACGACGGUGAGGGUUGAGUCAAACGGAUCUGGCCCAGCAUGAGGACGCUGACGAAUUUCCAGUACGGGUUCAAGUUGACCCGAGAAGACGACGGGCGAUUGUACUUCACGACUCACGUACAACCCGGCCAACGCCUCCGCUCUCUUGCGGUUCCGAAUCGGGUGGGAUGGGAUCGAGGAGCUGCUCUGAUGGAACGAGAUUCGGAGAUUCUGGGACGUGUUGCAGAGGCAGCUGGAGAACGAGUGCGAGAAUUACAAUCGGCCGAUGGUGAUAUUGCAGCAGGUAGCGGGUGGGAGCUUUAGAUCUGCGAUGGGGGAUUGGGUUUUGCGAUUGGGGGAUUAGGUCUCGAUGGAAUUGGGAUGAGGGAAAGUAAGGUCGACGAUGGUCAAGCUUCACCGGCGGUAGAGGAAGAUCGGAGCAGAUGUGAUGGAGGGAGAACCAAAUCUAAGGACGAAGUAGCUAUAGAGACAGACGGAGGCGGUGGGAAAGUUGUGGAGCGGGGUGGUUCAUAUCCAUUUUAUUUUGUUUUAAAAUUUUUCCCUUGUUUUUUCAGUUAAUUAUAAAAUAAGGAUAUUUCCAACUCAGCAAAGUCAAGCAUAAAAGGUGUCACGGCAC